CUGAUCUGUGCUUUCGGCUGGUGAGAUUUCACUAGCAGGGCAUAUGAUACAGCUUGCUAACCUGCACGUGUUGACCAUCCCCUCCGUUCAAAAUGUCCACUAACUCGGAGUCUAUAAAAGUAGUGGUGCGUUGUCGUCCUAUGAAUGAGAAAGAACGGGCGGCCACGUUUGACAGUGUGGUCUCAGUUGAUGUCAAAUUGAGACAAAUUAUUGUCAAGAACCCGAGAGACUCUUCAUCUUGCAAGUCCUCAAAAGUCUUUACGUUUGAUUCGGUCUACAACUGGAAGUCAAAGCAAAUCGAACUCUACAAUGAGAGCUUUCGGCCGCUUGUGGAUUCCGUUCUCCAAGGAUUUAAUGGAACCAUCUUUGCUUAUGGACAAACCGGCACAGGGAAAACAUACACCAUGGAAGGUACAAGAAAUGAUCCAGAAAGGAGAGGAGUUAUCCCCAACUCAUUUGACCACAUCUUCACUCACAUUUCAAGAUCUCAGAAUCAGCAGUACCUGGUGCGAGCAUCAUAUCUGGAGAUUUAUCAAGAAGAGAUCAGAGAUUUACUUUCCAAGGACCAAUCGCGGCAACUUGAGCUGAGAGAGAGGCCGGACAUGGGUGUUUAUGUGAAAAAUCUGUCCUCCUUUGUCACCAGGAGUAAAGAGGAGAUUGAAAAUAUUAUGAACGUGGGCAAUCAGAAUCGCUCAGUGGGCUCGACCAACAUGAACGAAUACAGCUCCCGUUCUCACGCCAUCUUUGUCAUCACUGUAGAAUGCAGUGAACUGGGGCCGGAUGGGGAGAACCACAUCCGAGUUGGCAAACUCAAUCUGGUGGAUCUAGCCGGUAGUGAAAGGCAGACCAAGACCGGGGCUCAGGGGGAGCGGCUGAAAGAAGCUACGAAAAUCAACCUGUCACUUUCUGCCUUAGGGAAUGUCAUAUCGGCUCUGGUGGACGGUAAGAGCAGCCACAUCCCUUACAGAGAUUCUAAACUCACCCGACUUUUGCAGGACUCUCUUGGAGGCAACGCUCGCACUGUCAUGGUCGCCAACAUUGGCCCGGCAUCUUACAACGUGGAAGAGACUUUAACCACACUGCACUACUCCAGCAGAGCAAAGAACAUCAAGAACACACCGUGCAUCAAUGAGGACCCCAAAGAUGCCCAGCUCAGGAAAUUUCAGGAGGAGAUUGUAAGACUGAAGGCACAACUGGCGAUGCGUAUUGGAAGGAAAAGCAGGAGGAGAAAGAGGAGGGCUGGUGAGGAUCUGGAAGGGCAGAAUGCAGAUGACGACGACGAAGACGACAAUGAGGACAACAAAAGGGAUUAUUGGCUGGAGCAGCAGGAAAUGCUGGAGAGAGAGAGAAACGCCAUCAUGGAGGAUCACAGCCUGGUGGCAGAGGAGAAAGUUCAACUACUUCAAGAGAAGGAGAAGAAAAUGGCUGACCUGAAAAGGGAGCAGAAGGAGGGAGAGCUUCUGGCAACCAAAAUUAAGACAAUGGAGAGUAAACUACUUGUUGGGGGGAAGAACAUUGUGGAUCAUACAAACGAGCAGCAGAGGAUGCUGGAGUUGAAAAGACAAGAAAUUGAUGAACAGAAAUCGAGAGAGCGAGAGAUGCGUCAGCAGGUGGAAAGUCGAGACGAGGAGAAUCUGGAGCUAAAGGAGACCUACACUUCUCUUCAGCAGGAAGUUGACAUAAAAACCAAGAAAGUGAAAAAGUUGUUUGCCAAACUGGAGGCUGUGAAGGCAGAAAUCCAUGACAUCCAGGAGGCACACAUCAGUGCGCGCCAGCAGCUAGAACAGACCCAAAAUGAACUUACCAGGGACCUAAAACUCAAGUCUCAGAUGAUUGAUAAUUUUAUUCCACCAGAAGACAAGAAGAAAAUAAUCACCAGAGCUUAUUUUGACGAAGAGGAUGAAUACUGGAAGAUGAAGCCCAUCACACGCAUUGAGCAUGAUCCUCGGAUGAUGAACAGGCCUCAGUCUGCCAUUGGAUUCAGAAGACCUCUGAGUCACCAUGCCCGCAUGGUCAUGAUGCUCAGCCUUGAUAUGAGAUACAAAGCUGAAAACAUCCUCUUGCUCGAAAUGGAUCUCCCGUCUCGAACCACCAAAAACUACCAGCAGCCAGUAAUCGCCCCAAAGGUGGUGGCAGCUUUGAAGGAUGCUCUGAAGGAUGAGGAGGAUCUGGAGGUGGAUGCAUCGGGGUUUGAUGGUAGCCUUUCACCUGUCGCCAGUACAAGUGGAAGCAUCAGGAAACCAAAGUCUGGUCGACCAAGAUCAAGCAAGCAGUCGGGCACUCGCACGGCUUCUUGCAGCCCUCACAGUCUUACAUCUCCAAUUUACCCACAAUCCCGUGGGCUGGUUCCCAAGUGAAGGUGCAAUCCGCCAUCAACGUUUAUUUUAUUUAUUGCUCAAGUAUGAGCCAGCAGAGACCGAAUUCAAAUGUUAAGCGUGCUUUUCGUAAGCAUGAAUAAUGUAACACACGCACAAAAUAUGUGAUCGCAUGUUUUCAUGAAACACUUUUUAUCCACUUGCUCAAGAUUUUAAUUUCUUAAAUUGUGAAAAAAAUGUGUGAUUUUUAAAUCAGAGUUUUUAUUGGUUUAUUGAAUUUACAUUGUUUAUUAUUAAUUUAUUUCACCAUGUACUGCUUGCUAUUGUUUUUUGGUGUUCAAGUCAACUCAACAUGAUUUGGACUUUGUAUUUCUGUUCAUGGUUUGAUUUCAUCCUUUUGCCAGAUUGUUUUUUUCCUCGCCACAAGGGGGCAGAGUUGUGUCACGUAGAAAUUCAAGUUUCAAAAGUCUGGUCUGACAUCGCCAUCUCGUGUUCAUUCAUUUAUUUGAGACUACUGUCGAGAAUAAGCACGCAAGAGAAGAUUUAGAGCUGCAAACCACAAGCUCUAUAUACUUAAACGACAAUGUAAUGCUUUGCAAGAUAGACAAAUUUGUAACAAAAUUUCAUUUGAAUUUGUCUUGCUUUGUUCUGAUUCUCUGCACGUCAGCGUCAAUACAUCAAUACGGCCUGUUACGAAAUCGGUGGAAAGGAUUUAUAACGUCUGCGGAUUGUGGUUGAGAAUUCGUCACCACUUUAUAGCCAUUUUAUCUUUGAGAAUGAAUCACUUCAACGUGUGCAACCUCUAACUAAUCAGAACCAAUUUGUGUACAAAGCACUCCAAAACGAUUUUAUGUGACUUUGCCAUCAUUUGUGUCCUUCGUCAGACUGGAUGUUUUAUGCGCAAUAUUGUCUCCCUUAAGAAGGGACGUCUCUGAGGAUGCAAAAGGAAUUUUGGGUGUUGCUCUCUGUGUUUUAAAAACAUGUCUCUG